GGCAAUUUGUAAAAAUUAUGUGGACAGCGCCCUGGAAGGUGAAUAAGAGACCUUUUGAGCGUGAGUUUUGAGGGUGGUGUGGAGUAGGAUUCAGUGUCCCUGGCCCGUGUAGAUGACACGCGCUGAAACACAAAAGAUUAGCAGGGAAGCGAGAACAGGGCAACUAUUUAUUUGCCUGAUGUGUAGACGGUCGGUUUAGGUGCAGUCUUGCCGGGUCUGAGGGUAGGACACCGUCGGCACGCAUCGCGACUUCCCCCGAAGAACCAGUCUGAACUACUCCGUCGUUCCCAGCAGGACACGUUCGGCACCCAUCGUCGACUUUCGUCAGAGGACGACCUAGCUAAAGUACUUUUCAAUGAUUUCACGUGGUUUUAUAUACAACCACUUGCAACUACUUCUCCAAAAAGGUACGCCAUCGACUUCCCCUUUUCAGUCACUGUAAACUUGUUGUGAACGUUUAUGUACCGAAGCGAAGGACACAAACCAUUGUUUUGAAGACGUAAAAGAAGAAGGAGAAAGCGUCGAGACAGGUGGUUUGUUUUAAGUUUUGUCUUCCACUGUCCUAUAAACUAGAGCACCUGUCGUACACUCAGCCAGGUGGGCAGGUGAUCUUUGCCACCUGCAAAACUUAGCGACUCGGUAAAAACAAAAACAAGCUUUGCCCAAGAGGACAGGGACUUGUAUACUUGAUACGAAGGACUUGUAAAAACACCGCGUUGGCUCAGAGAGAAAAGACAGACGAGAAGUCGGGAGAAGAGAAGUGUUAUCUUUCCCGGUCACUGAGAGAUGGAGAGCAACCCGAUCCCACCAGCUUACUCCUCGGCGCCCCCGUACCUGUUCUACCCACCGCCCGGGCACCCCAGCUCCCGGGUCCAGCAGAGGACCCCCAAGUGCGCCCGCUGUCGCAACCACGGCGUCCUCUCCUGGCUGAAGGGCCACAAGAGAUACUGCCGCUUCAAGGACUGCAUGUGUGAGAAGUGUAUCCUCAUCGCGGAGCGACAGAGAGUCAUGGCGGCGCAAGUUGCACUGAGACGGCAACAAGCACAAGAGCAGAGCAUCCUACAACAGUUCGGCUUCGCACCGCCGGUCUUCCCGACGGGACCGAACAAGGCAGGCCACCCGCCACCGCCACUACCGACGACUUCGAGCGGGGCCGUCGGGGAGAGACCCCCGCAGCCAGACGGCGGCCCAGGGCCGGAGAUCGGCGGGAUUGAGACCGAGAAGACCGACAGUGAGCGGCCGGGCCCACGACACGAGAACGAUGCAAGCGCAAGGGACGGAGAAAACCGUGUCUUGUCACCACCACUGAAGACCCCAUCUCCAUCUCUCCAUGGCAACGGCACCAGCCCCGCCCAGCAACAACAAGAUGGCGACCAUUCGGGACCUUUCGGUGGUGCAGACGACAACCAUAGCAACGGGGAGGACGCCGCCUCCUCCGACGGCAAGGCGGACACCGACGGUCCAGACACCGGCGUCCACCUCGAGAGCGACGCUCCGAAAGACGCUUCGCUAUCCCCGAAGAUUGCCGAAAAGCCUCCCGAUGGCACCCGACGAUUUCCUCCGACCGAUUUUCCCCGAUUCUUCUCUCCCGAGCAUUUUCUCAGCCCCGCUGACCGCGCCCUUGCUAACAGCAACCUCCCUCCUAUCUACACCCUAUCCAAACUCUUCCCCUCUCACAAGACCGAUGUUUUACACUUAGUCUUAAAGGGGUGUAACGGCGACCUAGUCAGUGCUAUAGAAGUCCUUCUGUCUAGCAAAGGGAAUCCGCUAAGCGAGGACAUGUUGAAAAAUCCUCUAGUCAUUCCCUCCUCCGCUUCCCAGUGUCCGUCCAUUUUCCGAGCGGCACAGAACACCGACACGGACUCAAACGGGUCGGCUUUCCGAGUCCCCCGGCCAACUCACGACCACUGCGGCCUGUUCAUGCCGGCUCACCCCUCCAAGCUCCCCCACCCUCACGCUCCCAAACCCCCCAUCCCCAACAUCCCCCCUUUCCUCCUUAACCCCUUUAUGGCGGCGAAUCGUCUCAGCACUACCGGCGCGCCGUCGCUAGGGGGCGGGAUUGACAUCAACCUGUUAGACACCCUUGCUGCGCACAACAGCCGACCUCUGUCCUGUCAGCGAGCCGCCCUCGACAUCCAAAACAACAGCGUCUUCAGCCCGGCCCGUCUGAGUGUCGGCAUCCCCCUCCCCCCUGCGAAGCUAUCAUCCCGUGUGUCCGACUCCACCCAACCUCUCCCGAUCCCGAGGAAGGACGACUUCUCGGCAACGCUCGGACACCUUCGGCAGUCGUCGGAACCGCCGAUUUCGCUGUCCGACGACUUUCCGGAGAAGCAUCGUCAUCACCAAGACCCGAUGACGACCAGAUCGGACAGCCUGCAGGACUCGCGACGAGAGGUAGGGGCGCUGCUGCUCCAGCCUGCACGGGUAGGGCUAGACGACACCAGAUAAAGUUCUUCGUACUUGAAUUAAGACUUUGAAAAUCCAUUGAAAAUAUGGCCAAAAGUCGUCCAACAUUCUUACCAGUGUUAGACAUUGAUACAUAUGCUACAAAUGAAAUGUGACGUAAUGUCACCAAUCUUUGUGUAUAGAAACAUCCCAACUGGCGACCUCAUAUUACCUUUCCCUACGAUGUGUACAAAGUAGUUAUAUGCGAUCAAAUGCUAUCAUUAAAUAACGAGCUGUUAUUAGCAAAUCCAAUCAACAUACAUGUAUACAGUAUAACGUAUACACAGUACCGUUAUUUAGAUGCAUGUAUUAAGAAUCUCGCCAUAUACAAGCAGCAUAUAAUAUAGCAGAUAGGAGACAAAAAACGUGCCAUUUUGAGCUACAGCAACUGGCACAUUUUGUAUAUAUUACGAAGGCCGCAUUGAAGAUUAUAGGACCCCACAUGCAUCUAAAGGGUGAUUGCGCAAUCUUUAUUACCCCCAUAUUGAUAUCACAGUGGACUCAUCGUAUAUUUCCUAUCGAUAUUUCUGUAUAUACUA